AUGGCUGCGCCCUUGGUAGUCACGCGUUGUUGUCGUUUUCGGCGCUAUAUUCAUAAAUAUAGGCGUUUCCUUAGAUUUUAUGGAAGCGAGAAUAUUCCAAAGAAAGGUAUUGUACUUGGUGUGUAUGAGAACAGUACCAAAGAGGAAAGCAAUGCUAUUCUUACACCUGCUGCUGAGUCAUUCAACAAAAGAACUGAUGGAAGACUGGCUGAGUUACUGAACAUAUCUGGACCCAAAAUGAAGAAGGGAAAAAGCAAAGUGUUUUAUGGACUUGACAAGGAAUAUCCUGUAAUAGCAGUGGUUAGUCUUGGUAAACAGUCUGCGGGCAUCGAUGAACUAGAAGAAGUCAAUGAAUCUAAGGAGAAUAUUAGAGCUGCAUCCGCUUUGGGUGCUAGGCAACUACGAGAUGCAGGAAUGAAACAAAUAGAAUUGGAUCCAUGUACUGAUGCACAAGCUGUUGCUGAAGGUGCUACCUUAGGAUUAUUUACAUUUGAUGAAUUAAAAGAAGAGUCAAAACGGAAACCAAAAGUUAAUCUUAGUCUCCAUGGCAACAGAAACAGAACUAAAGACUGGAUUGAAAACCAAAAAAUGAAUGCUUUUUUAAGUGUAUCUAAGGGGUCCUCCCAACCACCCGUGUUUCUGGAGAUGAAAUACAUGGGAGGAGUGCAUGAUAGCAAACCACUAGUAUUGGUUGGUAAAGGAGUCACAUUUGACUGUGGUGGCAUUUCGAUUAAGCCUUCAGCACAGAUGGACCUAAUGAGAGGUGAUAUGGGAGGUGCCGCUGUAGUAACAGCAUCCAUGGCUGCCAUAGCCACACUACAGCUUCCGAUAAAUGUUGUUACUUUAGUUCCUCUUUGUGAGAACAUGGUGAAUGGCGAAGCGACAAGGCCAGGUGAUGUUGUGACUGCGAUGAACGGCAAAACUAUACAGGUUGACAAUACUGACGCUGAGGGAAGAUUACUAUUGGCUGAUGCAUUGCAUUAUGGGUGUUCUGUGCAUAAACCAGAAGUAAUUAUAAAUGUUGCAACUUUGACAGGUGCUAUACAAGUUGCUUUAGGAUCUGCCGUCUCUGCUGUGUUCACAAACUCCAAUAACUUGUGGAUGAACCUACACAAGGCGGGAAUAGACACAGGUGAUAGACUGUGGAGAAUGCCAUUAUUACAACAUUAUACCAAACAAAUAUCAGACUCUCAAUUAGCUGAUGUGAACAAUAUCGGCAAAAGUGCAAGGGAUGGUGGUGCAUGUACAGCAGCAGCAUUUCUGAGAGAGUUUGUUACUUGUCAAAAUUGGGCACAUUUGGAUGUUGCAGGUGUCAUGUUAAAUAAAGAUGAGGUGCCGUACUUAGGAAAUGGAAUGACUGGCAGACCUACUAGAACACUUGUGGAAUAUGUUUCUAAUUUGUCGAAGAAGACUACAGUGUGAAAGUAUAGACAUUCAUAAAAACAUUCAGCAAGCAGUGGUACACGAAUAAACUAUUUAAGUGUUCAUAGUGAAUUUGAUCAUGGUGUUUUACUUUGCUGUGUAAAAAGUUAAUAUCUUUUAGAAAUCAGAAUUGUUCAUUUGUGAGUGUGUAAUACAGUAAGGUUUACAAAAUAAACGAUUAUUAUAAAAAAU